AUGUUUUUGCAUCUUCGAUUUCUGAUUGGAAUAUGGCUUCUACUGGUGGUGCUCCUCUUUGGGGUUAAUUGUUUUACAACGUGCUUCCGCAUAGAUGGCGAAGGAAAAUUAGCAAAAUUGAAAAAAUUAAUAAACAAGAAAAUAAUAUUUCACAUGAAUGAUAAGUACCGGAAUGCCAAUGUAAAUGGAAGGAAGUAUGUUUCUUUUGUAUAUAUACAUGAGUUAACCUUAAGUGAUUACAUAGAUUAUGUUUUAAAUAAAACGGAGGAGUAUGACUGUGUGUUGUUUCUAAUAGACGUAGAGAGCAGCAAUGGAGUUUCCAAAUUUGAUAGGAAUAGUCUAGCUUUACUGGAAAUGUUCGACCAAGUUGCUAAAAAAAUAGUAUUGGAAAAUUUGUAUCUGUACAAUGAAUGUGAGUUUAGUGCGAUCAUAAAAUUGCAAGAAGAGAAUGAUGAAAAGGGAACAAACAAAUUAAUACGUCCAGUUUUUUUUUUUUACCUAAAUUUUAAUAAAGCAAAUAUACUUCCUUUAAAAUAUGUUCAUACUAUAUAUGACUUACCUGAAUUCGUUUAUGUGAAUAGCAAUACUUUUCAUCACGCUGAUUACUACUUAAAGGUUAGAAGUAAGUAUAUGCUUGAAAAUUACAUAAAACAGGAGAAGCAGUUAAAGGAUACGAGAGAAAGGGGGCAGAGGGGCGAAAUCGAAAAAGGGAAAGAGAACGAACUAAAGAAUAAGACCAUUCCGGAUUAUUUUAUCGAUUUUAUUUAUGCAUAUAAUAGAGAUGAUACAAAUAUAACGAGCGAUGAAUAUUCUAAAAAAAUGAAAAUGUUCGUUGGAACAUUCAUUAUAGUUAUUACAUUUUCACUUCUUUACAUCUUUGUGUUAAUACUAGAAAAAUAUGAAAUUUUAAAAUUUGUGUGUUCAUACAUUUUGUACUUACUCUGUUUGAGUGGCCUCUUUCACUGCUUAAUCAACAAGUCAGAAGCUUAUAAUAUGAACAUAAAUUUGGAUUCAAUAUUCCAUAAGUAUGUGUAUCGUACAACUAGUUCUCAGUACAUAUAUGAAGGACUUGUAUUUUCAUCUCUUGUUGCAUUAAUAAGUUUUUCAUUCUUUACAUUAAUUAGGUGUGCAAGUAGUAAAAACACAACAGAUAAAAGGAAAAAAAAUUUUUUUUUUUUUUUUCUACUCUUAAUUAUUUGCCUAUCAUUAAGUGUCAUACAUGAAAUUAAUAUGUACAAAAUGUAUUUUUCCACUUACUUUUUUUUCCCCCCUCUUAAGUUUUUCCGCAAGUAA